UUAGUCACAACAUGCCUUUUUCUAACUACAUAUUAAUUUUGAUAACAACAGUUUUUAUUUCUAUUGGCGUUAACUGCAAGUGUAGCCAGUCGUUCAUAACGAUAUGUGACACUUUUGAAGACUUUAAAAACCACGACGACUCCGACACAUUAAGUGAAGUGAUGAUAGGCUCAGAAUACGGUACUGGUACAAUGACGUCAGUAGAUUUCAUGGAACAAUUGAAACUAAGCAGCUAUCACAAACUGUCAACACUGAUGAUAGUUCACGCUAUCAACAAACUAGAAGUACGAAGGUACGGUUACCAAUGUAGAUAUACAGGCAGUCCCUUGCAGUUCUUCAUACUUCACGGAAAUAUCUUCAAAACUAUCGAACCACACCAUUUUCCUCUACUUCGUCUCAAAAAAUUGAGUUUAGCUGGAAAUAAUAUUGAGCAAGUUAAAUCAGGCGCUUUGAAGAACCAUGAAAUCGAAAAUUUGGAUUUAUCUCACAAUUUCUUAGAAGUCGUGGAAAGUGAAUCUUUGCCUUUGCAAGACAGUUUAAUUAUCCUUUCUAUUCGGAACAACAACUUAACCCAUAUUGAGCAUGGAAGUCUUUCGCCAAGCCUCCAGUCCUUGAAUUUAGACCACAACAAACUCAGAUACAUUGAGAAUGAGGUUCUAGAAAAUCUAUUAAGCCUCAAAGAAUUGACUUUAAGUCACAACAACUUCAACGUCAUUCCAAAGAUAAGCCACUUGAAGAAGUUGGUUGUUUUCGAUAUUUCGUACAAUGCGAUCAGUACCCUUAAAGAAGAUACCUUCAAGAAUAUGGAUGACUUAAAGUUGGUAGAUUUCAGCAAUAACAGGAUUAGUAGUGCGUCAGUUUUGGAGUGGAUCAAUACGCCUGGUAAACAACCGUCUUUAACAGUGUCGCUGGCUCUGAAUCGUUUAAGAGAUCUAAUCCUUGACAACGUAUCUCUACAAAAUCAAGCGCUAGCGUUGUACGGAAACCCAUGGGAUUGCAAUACAUGGCCACAAUUAAAAAUGAAGCUAGCAGGACAUGAAAGUGAAUGUGAUUCUAAAUUUUUGUCCAAUGGAAACAUGCCGUACUGUAUUAAUUUUCGAGCUGCACUUUAUCCACUUUCCCGUUUAGACGAAGGUGAUGUUGACAGAUUUCACGAUACUUUCAGGAAGAGCGAGAGGACGGCAGGUUGUGUGCUAGCACCAAAAAAAUAUGAGUGGUUAUAUCCGAUUCAUAAAGGAUGCGUUGUUUAAAAUUCCCGACAAUUUAUCUCUUAUCGUAAUUGAUAAUGAUAAACUAAACCCGGGAUCCUACAACAUCUUGUUUGUCAUUCUUUUGCUAUUUUUUAACUUUAAAACAGUUUUAUGUGCGUGUAAACCGUCUUUCCUAACAAUAUGUGACACUUUCGAAGACUUCGAAAAUUACAACGUGACCAAAAAUUUAAGCGCGGUGAUUAUAGAGUCAGAGACAGGAACUACACAAAUGGUACCGGCUAAUUCUAUGGAAACACUAAAAUUACUCAAGUAUCAACUGUCGUCCGUAAUCAUCAUGCGGUCAAUGCGUCGUUUGUAAAUGAAGUUUCAUUGAGUGUCUUCACGUUACCACAUCUCUCAAAUACCUGGGUCUAUUCGCAUAGAAAGGUUUGGUUAAUAAUCAAAUGGCAUCGACUGGAAAAGAAGCUUUCAUGCAGCAAAGCAUGGAGAAUCUUGAUCUAUCAUCAAAACCUUUUACAUUAGAAACAACAGACUUCGUACAUUCCUUCUAAAAAAUUUCCGUCCAAUCUGGAGUUUGAAUGAAAACAAUUUGAACUACUAAAGGAUUCGAUUCCUUGAAAUUGUAGUAUAUGGAAUAAUCUAGAACAGAAAAUAAUUGAAAACGAAAGUUAGUGUGAUAAGUAUGUAGUUUCUAGCUAGCGAAGAUAGUCCCUUCAACAUUAAUUACUCCCAGGAAGUUUAUAAUAAUUAUUGUAGUGACAUGUAGGAAAGAAACGUUGAUAGAUAUCACACUAACACUCUGAAGAAUAAGACAUGUCACAGUACGUUUUAUCCUUUAAAAAAUAUCAUUUGUUGUACCACUUGACCUUUCUCUGAUUGUGAAAAUAAGUAUUUAAUAAUGGAUUGUCUUUUUUAAUAAA